UAUUGUACAUCGAACGAUGGUUCUGUUGAAAUUCAAUGUAGUUCUAUGUAUGGUGAUACAUUAUGUUGUGAAGAUCAAACAAGUCAACAGCCAUUUUGUUGUGGCGGUGAUAUUCCAGAUGCUUUUGUCGAAGAUCCAAAUGGAGCAACGCGAAGACUAGCAAAAAUAUUUUACACACUUACGGCGAUAACUUUAUGUGUGCAUUUACUACGACGACAUUUUUGUCAAUGA